AGUCCAUAUUGUAUAUCCACUGAUUGUAUUCACAUAAAUACUCUUAUUUCUGCGAUUCCCAAGGCAAAAAAUCAAGACCAACUACCUUAACCAUGUUUCCGUAUUUCAGUUAUAUUUCAAUUUCACUCUUCCUCCUCGUCUUUCUUUUCCCGCCGCCCAUCCUCUCCACUGACCUCCCUGUCUCUGUGGCCAACAACACAUGGCACACCUUCACCCGCUUCAUCGACGCCGAGAAGGGCAGCCGUCCCGACGGCAUGGCCGACCUCAAGCGCUACUUCACCCGCUUCGGCUACCUCCCGCCGGAGAAUCAAAACCUAACCGAUAUGUUCGACGACGAAUUCGAGCAGGCUCUGAUCCAAUACCAGAAGAAUUUGGGGCUUUCUGAGACGGGGAGGCUCGAUUACACCACGAUGAAGGUGAUCGUCUCGCCGAGGUGCGGGGUCGGCGAUAGGAGCCACGCCGGGCUGAAGACGACGCGGCGGUUCGCGCACUUCGACGGGAAUCCGCGGUGGGUGAGGGAUGCGCCGAUGAUGCUCACCUACGCGUUCUCGCCGGGGAACGUGAUCGAUUAUGUGGGGAUGCCGGAGAUAAGGGCGGCGUUCGCGGCGGCGUUCGGGCGGUGGUCGGCGGCCAUCCCGGUGAACUUCGCGGAGGCGGAGGACUACGGCGAGGCGGACAUCAGGAUCGGGUGGUACAGCGGGGACCACGGGGACGGGGAGGCGUUCGACGGGAUACUGGGGGUGCUGGCCCACGCGUUCUCGCCGGAGAACGGGCGGUUCCACCUGGACGCGGCGGAGAGGUGGGCCGUGGACUUUGAGGCGGAACGCUCCAAGCUGGCCAUAGACUUGGAAUCGGUGGCGACGCACGAGAUUGGGCACGUGCUAGGCCUGGCCCACUCCUCCGUCAAGGAGGCAAUUAUGUACCCGAGUCUGAGCCCGAGAACUAGGAAAGUGGGGCUCCGGAAGGAUGACGUGGACGGGAUCCAGGCCUUGUACGGCUCUAACCCCAAUUACAGAUACGACUCUCGCUUCGAAUCUGACUUGUCUUCGGCUUGGGCUAUGGAUCCUCACCUACUCAUACCAGUGAUGGCGUCUAUACUCUGCUUAGGAUUGUGAUUGCGACUUUUUUUUUUUUUUUUUAUAAAUAAUUUAGAAUUGUAAAUAAUUAAUUCCACAACAUUCAUCUUCUUGCA